GACGCUAAGGUUAGGGGGAAAUAUAAAACUCUGUAGGGCUUCAAUAGUAGCCCACUUCAAGCCAAUUAAAACCAGCCCAUAAAACAUUACUCAACAUUUUAAAAAGAUGCAAAUAAAUAAAGGCAAAAAUCUAACUAUUUUCAACUAUCGAAUCGGUUAUUGAUUUUGUACGAAUUUCGAUUUCGAUAAUCGAAAAUUUCCGAAUUGUUCAACAACCCUCACUCAAAGCAUUUCUGCUCACUUUUUUCUAUUAUUCAACUUUUUAAAGUUUUGUGCUUACUAUUUCCCAUCAUUUCCUUAUCAAAUUUUCAUUUUCCUUCACAAGCUAACAGUAUUCAACAUAAUACACAGCACGAAAUUUUAAUCAAAAUUCUGGCAAUCGCAAAUCAAGAACCAUGUCUUCGGCGAUUUCUCAGCUCUCAUGCUUCUCCGCCGUAGUUGACACCCGCCGUUUGCAGCUCCACCAGAGAUCCCGUCUCUGCCCCACGAAAUUUCGUCCCGGAAAGGUUUUAAAUGUUAUGAACGGUGAUGGACAUGGCUCAAAAUUAUCCCAAUUAGAGAAUAAAACUCUAAGUUAUGUAGAGGAUGCAUCAGCAUCCUAUAAUGGAAGCUCGGCGCAGCCGCAUUCUGCUGCAGAAAGUUUUGUUGCUGGAGCAGCAACAAAUGAACAGGAAAGCAUCAUCAGCGCACCAAAGAGGGCGGCAAUGAUUCACGACUUCUGUUUUGGAAUUCCCUUCGGUGGACUAGUCUUUUCCGGGGGGCUCGUUGGAUUUCUGGUUUCAAAAAACCCUCGUACCCUAAUGUCCGGUGUGCUCUAUGGAGGUGCCAUACUUGCCCUUAGCACUCUGAGUUUGAAGGUCUGGAGACAAGGGAAACCGAGCUUUCCAUUCAUACUGGGUCAAGCAGUACUCUCACUCGCCCUCCUGUUUAAGCAUUCUCGGGCAUAUACAUUGACGAACAAACUCUUCCCAACAGCCUUCAAUGUUGUCAUGAGUGCUGCAAUGCUGUGCUUUUACGCCUACGUGAUGAUAUCCGGAGGCAAUCCUCCGCCAAAGAAGCUGAAGCCUACUGCUGCAGUCGAAUCCUCCUAGUCGAGAAAUGGAAACGUGCGCUGCUGAUACUAGAGGUGAGUUACCGACACCUCUGGCCAGGGGCGGAUGUACAUGGGAGCAACAUCCGUACACCCAAUUUUGUUUUUUGUUUUUUCUUUACUAUAUACAUAUAUAUAUAUACAAGAAAAAUAUAAUAUAGUGUUUUAAUAAUUAUAAUAUCCACGUUAAUUGCUUAACAUUUUACAGUGAUUUAAAUUUGUGUUAUUUUUGUUCA